AUGAGCAACAUCGGCAGAGGAGUCUUCCUCGCUGGCGUGGGCUUGUUCGUCCGAGCCGCCUACUGCGUCAUCCAAGCUCGGCACGCCCUUCGACAAUCCGGCGGACAUCUGGAUGACUUCGUCUUGCCGUGGAACGUCGUUCUCCUCGUCGUCGUCGCAGCCGCCGCGUGCCUGGCAGGAGGCCUGAAGAGCCUGAGCGGCUUCAAGCCGAUUCACCUCGCGGAAGGAGAAACUGCAUGCUGGGACAGGCUCCACGAGCGAUUCAACUUUCGCCUCUAUGCCACCAGAGCCGCAUGCGUGUCGAGGCUUGUUCAGAACUUCGUCACGCCGCCUCCCGCGUAG